AUGAAAAAGGAGGAUACGGACAACGCCUUAAAAAGCGAAAAAAUUCUCUACAAAUUGUAUCUGCCGGCAUUGGAGGAAAGAGGCUUCGAUGCAACUGGAACUUUCCGAGAGUGGAGGAAGAAGAGUGGAAUGAUCCCGGAAAAAGGCGAGACUUUGGAAGACUUCAACGGCAGAGUCGAAAAGGCGAUUGCGAAAAGGGACGAUAAGAGCAAAGUCAGCGGAGGCAAGAAGAAGAAGGGCGGCAAAGUGAAGCGGAUUUGAAGCUAUAAUAAGAAUGAAACUAGAAGUUGAGAAGAUAAAAAUGGAGAUAAAUAUAGAGAAUAUAAAUUGUAAAUA